AUGUCGGAGUUGCAUCCGCGCAGCUUUGUGAAGGAGGUGCUUCCUCCUCCCCUCAACUCGUCCUCCGAACCACCAGCUCUCUUCGAUGGCACCACCAGGUUGUAUAUUUCAUACACCUGCCCAUUUGCGCAACGCACCUGGAUAGUUAGGAAUUUCAAGGGAUUGCAGGAGAAGAUCAAAUUGGUUGGAAUCGAUCUGCAAAAUAGGCCAGACUGGUACAAGGAGAAGGUUUAUCCUGGGAAUAAGGUGCCCUCUUUGGAGCAUGACAAUGAGGUGAAAGGAGAGAGUCUGGAUCUGAUUAAAUUUAUCGAUGAAACAUUUGAGGGACCAAAGUUACUGCCUGAUGAUCCCGCAAAGAGGCAGUUUGCAGAGGAGCUGUUUUCAUACAGUGAUAACUUUAACAUGCUCAAUUUCAAGUCAUUACCUUCUCCAGGAGAUGUUGGUGACGAAGUCGUUGCCGCCUAUGACAAGAUCGAAGAAGCCCUUUUGAAGUUUGAUGAUGGACCAUUUUUCCUUGGCCAAUUUAGUUUGGUUGACAUUGCCUAUGCCCCAUUUAUCGAAAGAUUCCAGUACUCCUUAGCAGAGUUGAAGAAUUACGACGUUACCAAAGGCAGGCCAAAAUUGGCAUUAUGGAUUGAGGAAUUGAACAAGAUCGAUGCCUACACAUGUACUCGACAAGAUCCUAAAGAGCUACUGGCUGGAACUAAGAAGCGAUUAGGGAUUGCAUGAAGAUCUCUCCAUACUAGUUUUUCAGGUUCUGGUCUCUCCUGUGAUAUGAUCUUAAAUAAAGAUGUCGUGACCUUUCCUCUCCGUAUAAAACAUGUUCCCUUUAUUUGAAAUAAUCUAUAUUUGUGUAUGUAUAGUAUACUUAAUGUUGCCGUUCAUGUUGUUUGCUAUUGUUAUGGGGUAUGCCCCUCGUCAUCUAUUCUUAUUCUGGUCGGUACCAUAAUAAAAUACAAGUAAAUAAAUUAUGGAGAAUAUUGUAUCCUA